AUGUUUGGCAGCUCAAGUUCCCCACCAAAAGAUUCAUCCUUAGCUUCCACCACAACUCCUCCCACCUCUUCCGAGUCGAGCGCCGAUUCAUCAACAGGUGUCAAUAAUCAAGGCGAUGCAUCAGCCGCUUUGAAAGCUCUCGAUGGUGAGACUGGCACAUCCGAAAAACGUAGCGGGAAUGGUAGUCCCCCAGGUCGCGCAAUCCCCGGCGAUGGUUCUGGAGAGAAGAAACGCCGGAGUAGCGGGGUCGGCGGUAAAGCCAGCUCGUUACUUGCCAGUGCCAAAAAUUCAUUGCACUUUAGUCAGAGUCCUAAUUCUUCCGGAUUCAUGUCUGGUGGUCGAUCGAACGAUGUAGUACAAACGCCCUUGCAAAAGCUGGGAAAACAAGAUCCGGCCUUGACGGUUCCUCAAGGCCAGCAUAACAAUUCGGCGGGAGAAUCUCGUCCCGGUCCUAGAUCGACAUUCAAAGUCGGGGUUUGGGAAGAUAAAAAUAAGAAAUGUCGUCGCACGAUGGAGGAUACUCAUGCUUUCCUGUAUAACUUUUUACAUACACCUGCACCUGUGGUGGGUGCCGAUUCGAGCUCCAAGUCGGAAAAGUCAGAUAAAGUCGCAAGUGAUUCAUCAGAUAGUCUUGCUCGGCCGGUAUCCGCACAAUCCAUGAUGGAGACAGAUAAUGGUUAUUUUGCAAUCUUCGAUGGUCAUGCAGGUACAUUUGCUGCAGAUUGGUGUGGAAAGAAAUUACAUCUCAUUUUGGAAGAGACUAUACGAAAGAAUCCGAAUACACCGAUUCCCGAACUUCUCGAUCAAACCUUUACAACUGUCGAUGCGCAGUUGGAGAAAUUACCUUUGAAAAACAGUGGCUGUACUGCCGUUACUGCGGUUCUUCGUUGGGAGGAUAGGAUACCAAACGCUUCAUCUGCCACGGGUUCUACAGCCAUUGCACCUGCGACCGCUGCUGCCGUUAAAGCUGCUGAAGAGACACCAAAGACUGAAGAUGGUGGUGAAGAUUCGAAAUCCACAUCACAACAGCCAAAGGCCGUUUUGAAUGCCCCUACCGGAGACGUUCAGGCAAAACUCAAAAGUACUUCUUCUCGUGCUAGAGUAUUGUACACAGCUAAUGUUGGAGAUGCACGUAUUGUAUUGUGCCGUAAUGGCAAAGCUUUACGUCUAUCUUAUGAUCAUAAGGGUAGUGAUGAGAAUGAAGGAAAACGUGUUGCAAAUGCAGGUGGUUUGAUCCUCAAUAAUCGUGUCAACGGUGUUUUGGCAGUCACUCGUGCAUUGGGAGAUGCGUAUAUGAAGGACUUGGUUACGGGUCAUCCAUAUACGACUGAAACUGUUAUACAACCUGAUAGUGAUGAAUUCAUCAUCUUGGCUUGUGAUGGUUUAUGGGAUGUCUGUUCAGAUCAAGAAGCAGUUGAUCUCGUUCGUCAUCAACAAGAUCCAGUUGCCGCAGCUAAACAACUGGUCGAAUAUGCUCUCGCUCGAUUCAGUACGGAUAAUUUAUCUUGUAUGAUUGUUCGAUUUAAUCGACCACUUCUUGUUGCAACGGCAAAAGAUUCUCAUGCAGCUAUUGGCGUUGAAGGUGAUGGUAAUAUGGGAUUCGGUACACUUUCCGAAGCAGAUAAAAUUGUUUCAGAAUCUCAGCAAAAAGUUAAAGAUGGAGCAUCAAAUCUUGGCGUUAGUGGUAGCAAUAGUGGUGCAGGACAUGAUCCUAAAUUCGAUGGAGCCGUAGAGGAUGAAGAAGAUGAAGAGAAACCUCGGAUGGAGAGUGUAGUUGAAGAGGAACCUCAAUCUAUCGAGGGUGAUUCAUCGGCUCCGGAAAUAGAUUUAAAUGCUGUGGAGAAGGCGAAAGCGAAGGAGACGGCUGCAAAUUUGCAUUUACCGGCUGGAGCUGAGAAGUAA